CCGGCCCGCGCGGCUUGAGCUCUGGCUCCAGCGCUGUGGGACUGCGGCGCGCGCGAGGCUGCUCUGCUUUCCCGGCUCCCAGCGCUGGCCGUCAGCAUGGACGCUCGCCGCGUGCGGCAGAAGGAUGGCAGAGUAAAGAAGAACUUCAAGAAAUUCAGAUAUGUGAAGUUGAUUUCCAUGGAAACCUCGUCAUCUUCUGAUGACAGUUGUGACAGCUUUGCUUCUGAUAAUUUUGCAAACACAAAACCUAAAUUCAGGUCAGAUAUCAGUGAAGAACUGGCAAAUGUUUUUUAUGAGGACUCUGAUAAUGAAUCUUUCUGCGGCUUUUCAGAAAGUGAGGUGCAAGAUGUGUUAGACCAUUGUGGAUUUUUACAGAAACCAAGGCCAGAUGUCACUAACGAACUGGCCAGUAUUUUUCAUGCCGACUCUGAUGAUGAAUCAUUUUGCGGUUUCUCAGAGAGUGAGAUACAGGAUGGAAUGAGGCUGCAGGCAGACCGUGCCGGCUGUCGGACCCGCAGUCAGUGCAGACGUUCCGGACCCCUCCGAGUGGCCAUGAAGUUUCCCACUCGAAACUCCAGGCGAGCAGCCCCCAAGAGAGCAGCGCCCCCUGAACCCUCAGAGAACUCUGUGACCGAUUCCAAUACUGAUUCAGAAGAUGAAAAUGGCAUGAAUUUUUUGGAGAAAAGGGCUUUAAAUAUAAAGCAAAACAAAGCAAUGCUUGCAAAACUCAUGUCAGAAUUAGAAAGCUUUCCUGGCUCCUUCCCUGGAAGACGUUCCCUGCCAGGCCCCAGUUCACGUCCAAAGACACCCCGAAGGCGCACGUUCCCAGGUGUUGCCUGCCGCAGGAACCCCGAGCGGAAGGCGCGUCCUCUCACCAGGUCAAGGUCCCGGGUCCUUGGGUCGCUUGGCGCCCUGCCCACUGAGGAGGAGGAAGAGGAGGAGGAGGAGGAUAAGUACAUGUUGGUGAGAAAGAGGAAGCCCACGGACGGCUACCUGAACGAAGAUGACAUGCCUCGAAGUCGUCGCCCUGGAUCCAUGACCCUCCCCCAUAUAAUCCGCCCAGUGGAAGAAAUCACAGAGGAGGAGUUGGAGAACAUCUGUAGCAACUCUCGAGAGAAGAUCUACAACCGUUCGUUGGGAUCAACUUGUCACCAGUGCCGCCAGAAAACUAUUGAUACCAAGACAAACUGCAGAAACCCAGAGUGCUGGGGGGUUCGAGGCCAGUUCUGCGGACCCUGCCUGCGAAACCGUUAUGGUGAAGAAGUCAGGGAUGCUCUAUUAGACCCAAAUUGGCACUGCCCACCGUGUCGUAGGAUUUGCAACUGCAGCUUCUGUCGGCAGCGAGACGGGCGGUGUGCGACUGGGGUACUCGUGUACUUAGCCAAGUACCAUGGCUUUGGUAAUGUGCACGCUUACUUGAAAAGUCUAAAACAGGAGUUUGAAAUGCAAGCAUAAUAUUUGGAAGAUCCACUACCUGCCUUCCACUUGGCAAAUCUUCUUUGUUAAAGUGUUCAAUUUUGUCAUGUGAUUGAAACUCAAGAUAAGAAUUUGGAUGAUCAGUCUGUCUUAUAGGCAAAUCAAGUCAAUCUCAUUAGACAUGCUCACAUGUCGGUAACACGGAGGUAUAGCGCCUGCCUGCCGUACUCUACCCUCCUGCAGCUCCUUCUUUGCUCCCCCCAUGCCUCCUCCCCCCUCCCCCACCAAGCCCCCUCUUAUUUCCACUGAUUCUCUUCCAUCAUUUAGUUUCCGUAUUCUUUUGAAAUGACAAUUUUAUGAAAGCAUGUCUGAUGCGACUGGUGUUGAACCCUGGACCCCACCCAUAAAACCAAGCACUUAGAAGCACAGUAGCGGUGUUAACUAGCUGAAUCUACUGAAUUCCAGAGACUAGCCCUCUGAUUUUCUUACAUGAAAACAAUGGGUCUGAUUUAGUGUUCAUACUAGUUGACUUUUUUUUUUUACAGAAUCGAGGCAUGCGUUAGGUUAGCUGUUGGCAAGUGGUGUACAUGACUUGAAGGCCUCUCAUGAGAAUAUUCCACACAGUGUGGUUAUCAUUCCAGUUGUCCCCCCGUUGAGACUCAGUUGCUGCUGAUUUCUCCUACUAUGUGCAUCUGGCCCACAGGUCAGGACCCAAAGGUUCCUGGGCAGCGCUAUGCUUGGAAUCAUUGUGGAAAAGCCAUCCUGGGGAUGCGGGACAGUGAGGCUUUGGGACCAGACCAAUUUGAAUUCAUGGGAUAAAACUUCAGACAAUCAAGUUUCUUUCAGUUCAUAGCAGAAGGUAUUUCAAAUAAAUUUUUUUUUUUUUUUUUGGUCUUCUGUCUUUUUAGGGUCACACCCGAGGCAUAUGG